AUGCAUCACACUUUGAGAUGCGCACUUCAAACAAGCAAGUAUCUACAUCACGUUGUAAAUGGGCAGUGGGUGACAUCUCAUUAUCUCAAGUGUCCGAGGGAUAAAGAUAUUCGAUGGAGUAAGAUUGAUAUGACUCGAGAAGUAGAAAACUACGACAUUGUAAUUGUAGGUGGCGGACCUGCCGGUUUGUCUGCAGCAAUUAGAUUCAAACAGCUAGCCAAGCAAGCAAAUAAUGAUAUACGUGUUUGCGUAGUGGAGAAAGGAGCAGAAAUUGGCGCGCACACAUUGUCAGGUGCAGUAAUUGAUGUUCGACCUUUAAAUGAACUUUUUCCAAAUUGGAAAGAAAUGGGUGCGCCUGUUUAUCAGAAAAUUACUUCCGAGUCUAUGGCAUUUUUAACUAAAAAAGGACGAUACAAUAUACCUCUCAUGAAAGGAAAUCCACUUAGUAACAGACAGAAUUACAUCGUGAGGUUAGGUCAUUUAGUAAAGUGGCUGGGCGAAAAGGCAGAAGAAUUAGGAGUAGAAAUUUAUCCAGGAACAGGAGCCCAGGAAAUACUAUUCCAUGAAGACGAAAGUGUUAAAGGUAUAGCAACGGCUGACGUUGGAAUAGCGAAGGAUGGUGCACCGAAGGAAAAUUUUGAGCGAGGAAUGGAGUUGCACGCUAAAUGUACAAUAUUUGCUGAAGGUUGCCGUGGUCAUCUUACCAAUUUUAUUAUGCAAAAGCGUAGUCCGAUGACUUUUGGUCUUGGAUUCAAAGAACUGUGGUUAAUUGACAAGUCAAAACAUAGACCCGGAUACAUAGAACAUACUAUCGGAUAUCCACUUAACUAUCGAAGGCAUGGUGGUUCGUUUAUGUAUCACAUUGAAGAUAAAGGAGACUCACUUGUAUCUCUUGGUUUUGUAAUAAAUUUGAACUAUAAAAAUCCGUACAUAAAUUUAUAUGAGGAGUUCCAGUUAUAUAAAUCACAUCCAUCCAUCCGACAUUACCUUGAAGGAGGAGAAAGGAUUGCAUAUGGUGCUCGAGCCGUCAAUGAAGGUGGAUAUCAAACUAUACCUCAGCUAACUGUUCCUGGUGCGUGUUUGAUAGGUUGUGCAGGAGGACUGUUGAAUCCAGCAAGUAUGAAAGGUGUUCAUAACGCAAUGAAGAGUGGUAUGGUAGCAGCAGAAGCAAUAUUUGAAGAUUUAGGCCCACAAACACGGAUAAUUCCGGAAGAAUACGAAUCAAAAUUGUAUGAAACAUAUGUAAUCAAAGAAAUGCAGCAAAUGCGCAACAUUCGUCCAUCAUUU